AUUUGGGUUUUACUUUGAGGGAAAGCAUGAAACCCCAGAAGAAUUACGUCUUUUACUGUCAGUCCUGUGGUGACAUCAUAGAAAAAGACCGGAAAUUUCUCAGAGUUCUUCCUCUACCAAGUGAAAACUGGAGUUCUUUAGUUGAAGAGUGGUGUUGUCACCCUAACCCCUUUGCCAGAAGCACUUUGCACCCUCAGCAUGAUGAUUGUUUUCUUGGAGACACUUUUUUUCUGUUGAAUUCGGGAAAUGAAUCACAUGUGCCUGAAUCUCCCAUGUGCUGCUCAGAGACUGGACACCAUGCUUCUCAGAGUGGCUCCAACUUGAAAUCAAAGGAAAAUACCAGAGUAAUUUGUAAGCGCUGCAAGAAGAUGCUGGGAGAAACAGUACCAGCAGAUACCAUUAAAUAUUAUGUCACCGAGGUGAUUAUUCGACCAUCUGAGGCAAGUUUCAGCCCAACACCAAGGUCUCAAUUCGUACAGAGCAUGGUUGCUCAGUGUCUUGUGGAAUUGUCCUCUGCUAAAAGCACAUUUAGAUUCACCAUAAAAGGGGAUAAUGGAAAAAUCUAUAUUCUGAUAUGGCUUUUAAAUUCUGACACGUUGCUGGUGGAGUCUUUAGGAAGUUCCUCCUCCCACAGUGUUUUUACACUGUUUGGAGAUACUUCCAUGCCUAGCUCUGGACCAGUGAGGACCUGGAAUGCUGUCAAAGUCCUUUACCAGUCGUGCAUUAAAAGCAGGAAUAAGGA